AUGAAUCGCGCGUUCACACCGCUGAAACCGUUGCAGAGAAAUGGAGUUUUAGCGAAUAGCAUGCCAGAUGUCCAAACAAAGAAGGCUACUUUCCAGGCAAUGUGGCGGAAAAAGUCUGGCAAAAAGAACAAAACCUGGGAGGGCGAUGCAAUUGCUACAUUGAGCGGGGGAAACCUGGUUGUAAAGUCCGGAAAUAAACAACUUUUGCGUGUCAGCUGUGCAAAUGCCUCCGAGGGAGAUUUAUUUGCCGGCGGAGUGUAUGAAUGCGAGCUUGGAUCUAUGCUUGAUGUGGAAAUCAAAUCGUCUCCAGUGGUGGAGGAACCGCUGAUUCCUCGGAAAAAGAUUGCCCUGACCCGUCAAAAGAGCGUGUCCUUGAAUGAUCUGCUUUCGGCUCCACUGCCAAAGGUUGGAUCAGCUGCUCCCGCCGUUCCCAAAAACCCGGUUUCGAAGCCGUCAACAAACGUUGCAGCUCGACCUGUGGUAAAAAAACCUGUUGCUAUGACGAAUAUUUCAUCUGGUGAACUUGAAAUUGAUACUGAGCUUCUAGAGCAUCUUCGACCCCAUCAGGUUGAGGCCGUCCAGUUUCUGUACAAGUGUGUCAUUGGCAAAGCUCAUAGUUAUGGAAAUGGAGCAUUGCUGGCAGAUGAAAUGGGGCUUGGUAAAACACUUACGUCUAUUGCUCUGAUAUUCAGUUUACUCAAAAGUGGCCUGAUCAAGAACUGUCUUGUCGUAUGCCCUGUUACACUGCUACGGAACUGGAAAGCUGAAUUCAAAAAGUGGCUCGGGGAAACAAGAAUUGGUGUUUUUGUUGCCUCGCCCGAGGCUGAUGUCUCCAACUUUUUCAAAACUCAUUUCAAAACUUACCAGGUGUUGAUCGCCGGGUACGAGCGAAUGAUUAAAAUUGCAGACGAGCUAGCUGGAGGAAUGCAAUUGUUCGAUUUAGUGAUCUGCGAUGAAGGUCAUCGUUUAAAGGGUCUCAAAACUAAAGCUGCUCAGUCUAUUACAAGUGUGUCGGGAGAUAAGCGCGUGAUUUUAACUGGAACCCCUGUACAAAACAAUCUUUCCGAGUUUUAUGCUUUGGCAGAUUAUUUGAAUCCGGGUAUUUUUGGCUCCAUGGCCAAAUUUGUGAAAAAGUUCAGUGAUCCCAUUGCUCUGUCGCGAAGUCCCGAGGCGUCUGAAAGCAGUGUUCAAAAUGGUCAAGAGGCUACCGAGGAGCUGAUCGAAAUUGUGAGUAGCUUUGUGCUUCGACGUGAUUUCAGGAUCCUGGAAAAAUAUAUUCAAGUUCCAAAGACCGAGCUGGUGGUUUUUUGCAAGCCGGUUCCGAACCAAAUUCACUCCUACAAAAAUAUCAUCGCAUCCAACGUGAUCUCAAACUGCUUGGACACAAGCAAUCAAGGAGAGCUUCUAAAAGCUAUUUCGCUUUUGCGCAAGGCGGCAACUUCGACAUUUCUUGUGCCCGAGGAAUGGCGACUUGGCCGUACUUUAACGACCAGCGAAAGCGGAGGCAAGCUCCAAGUUUUGGCUAGCCUCAUGAAAGAACUGUCGUCAAAAACUGACGAAAAAAUAGUGAUUGUGUCGGGCUUUACAUCAACUCUUGACCUCGUGCAAACAAUGUGUGCGAACUUGGAGCUACAGUGGCUACGGUUAGAUGGCUCGACCCCUCAGGACCAGCGACAAAACCUAGUCGAUUUGUUCAAUAAGACAAACCACAAGCGUUCGUUUGCAUUCAUGCUCUCGGCACGCAGUGGUGGAGCUGGCCUCAACCUUAUUGGUGCUUCUCGCCUGGUCCUUUUGGAUUCGGACUGGAAUCCAGCAAUUGAUUUGCAAGCCAUGGCUAGAAUAUUCAGAGACGGCCAAACCCGCCAUGUUCAUAUAUACCGAUUCUUGACCACAGGCACAAUAGAUGAGAAAAUCUUCCAGAGACAGCUCACCAAACAGGGCCUUUCCGAUACGGUCUUAGAUUUGGAGCCGACCCCAGACAAGUUUUCCAAGGACCAACUUCGUGAUCUUUUCAGUUUAAGAACCCCUCAACUCUGCUGUACCGUGGAGGAAGGGCCCCAUGAGCAUUUGGAGGUAGUGCAAGCCACUGACGGAGGUUUGCUAGAAAGCGCUGCCGCCAACAUUUCCUGUGUAUUAAAAGUCAAGCAGUAG